GUGUCGGACCUGUUUCGCCCCAAUAUCGCCCGCCUGCGCGGCUACGUCCCCGGGGAACAGCCCCGCGAAAAGGGCUAUAUCAAGCUCAAUACCAACGAAAACCCCUAUCCGCCCUCCCCCUUAGUGCUAGCGCGGCUGCGCGAUGCCUGCUCAGCUGAUCUGCGCCUCUACCCCGACCCAGACGCUUGGGCCCUGCGCCGCAAGUUGGGUGAGGUAUUCGCCAUUUCUCCCCAACAGAUUAUGGUCGGCAACGGCUCGGAUGAGCUGCUCAAUGUCAUCAUUCGCAGCUUCGCCGGCGAGGGCGACAAAAUCGCCUAUCCCCAUCCUACGUAUGGCUACUACAAGCCGCUGAUCGAUAUCCAGGGAGCGGAGGCGGUCCCGGUCGAGUUUGACGAGGAUUUCUCCCUGCCCGAGGGCCUAGCCGUGCCCGGGGCCCGCGUCACCUUUCUCGCCAAUCCCAAUGCCCCCUCGGGCACUCUCGUGCCCUACGACGAAGUCGCUGCGCUCUGUGCGCGGGUUGACGGCGUCUUGGUCGUGGAUGAAGCGUAUGUCGAUUUUUCGCAGGGUGGCUGCGUUCAGCUCAUCGAGGAACACCCCAACGCCAUCGUCGUGCGCACCAUGUCCAAAUCCUUUUCCCUCGCCGGCAUGCGCAUUGGCUUUGCCUUUGCUCCGGCCGCGCUAAUCGAGGGGAUGUGGAAGGUCAAGGACCACUACAACCUCAAUCGGCUGAGCUUGGUGGCCGCCGAGGCUGCUCUAGAAGAUAUCGACGCGAUGCGCGCAAACGCCGCCCGCGUCUGUGCGACGCGCACGCACCUGUGUGCUGGGCUGCGGGCGCUGGGUUUUUACGUGUGGGAUUCGCAGGCGAACUUCGUGCUCGCUAGGCUCGGUGAGCGCUGGACCAACUGCGCCGCGGCCGAACUCUACGCGCAGCUCAAGGAGCGCCGGAUCUUGGUGCGCUACUUUGCCGCGCCGCCGCGCUUGGCCGACUGCCUGCGCAUCUCGGUGGGCACGGACGCAGAGAUCGCCGCGUUACUGACCGCCCUAAAAGAGCUAUCACCCGUUUAA